AUGGCCGAUGAAGUAGAUUACGAGAGCGAUACGGCCAUGGCUGUUGAGGAAGAAGAAGAGGAGAAACCACAAGUUGAGUGUGAAGACAAGAAGAAACGUAUUGUAAAGGGACGUGGAUCUGGCUCUGCAGCAAUGGACGUUAGCCGGUAUCCAGCAGAAACUGGUGUCUUUGAGAAGCUCAAACCUUUAUCGUCUGCUUCAUUGUCUCGAGAUCAUGCCAAUGCUCUUCGUUCGGUUGAAGGAUGGAUCCUAUUUGUUACUGGAGUACAUGAAGAAGCACAAGAAGAGGAUGUAAUGGAUGCUUUUGGAGAAGAUGCACAAGUGAAAGAUUUACAUUUGAAUUUGGAUAGACGUUCGGGUUUUGUCAAGGGCUAUGCACUUGUGGAAUUUGAGCAGUUUGAAGAUGCAAAGGCAGCCAUGGAACGUAUGGAUGGACACAAGAUUCUAGAGACUUGGAUGUCAGACUGGUGGACGUGGUCAAUACCUAAGCAACCAUUUAAUACUGGAUCCAACGUUUGUCAACGUGUUCAUGUGAUAACGACUCAAAGCAUUGGUGUAUGUAGCAGAUCUCAAUGUUGCUAG